AAGAAAAAAAGAGCCAGCCAAUCUCUGCUUCGCUGAGACAGCUGUUAAAUAGAGCACGCUGCUAAAUGAUCAGUCAGUUUGGAGAACAAGAGGAAAGAGGAGGCAGAGAAAGAGAGCGAGAGAAAGAGAGAACUUCUUAAAAGCAGAAACUCCAAAAGGACUUCAAAUACUUUCCAAAAAUUCUUUCCAGAAAAAUUAAUUCACACAUCAAGACGUUAUCUGGUUUAUUCCAAUUCAAUUGGCAGGAUUUUAAUUUUCUUUUUAAAUUAUUAUAUAUAUAUUUUUUAUUUCUCUUUUUGCAAGCUAUAACUUUAAAGGCAAGAAAAAAAUCGGGGUGUGCCAGGGAACCAGUGAAGCAUCAUUUCUAAGAAAAGGAAAAAGCAUAUAAAAAAGACUGUCCAGAAAUAUGCUGCGUCCAAGGCAGUUGUUCCAAAAAGUUUUUGAACUUUAGAAGAGGACAUUCAAGACCCAACUUCUCCUCCUCCUCCUAAGAAAAUGUUAUCUUCUUGACUUCAAGUAACUGUACUUUAAUUCGGGGAUAGUUUUAUAAAAUUGGUAGUUUUUGUACUUAUUUUGUUUCUACAGACACAUUUUUUUUUUAAUUUUUAUAUGACAUUAGAAUAAUUUAUUAACGGCAGCAGGGAAUAAAAUAACAAAAUCAUUGUUCUAGAUUCUUUGUGUGCAGUUGAGGUGCUGUACUAUGAUGCUGUGCAUUAGUGUUGCUAUUACCACUUUGGUACACGUGGUACUUGCUCUUGGAGACAGAUCCCAAGCCGGUUACAAGGAGGAAAUUGUGUUUCCGGAAAGACUGAACUCAAGCUUCCGCCAGGAGCAUCCUGGCUGGCCUGGAAAUGGUUACGAGGCAUCCUUGGAAAACCACCUAGUUUUCCGACUUCGUGCUUUCGGAGAAGAAUUGGUUCUGGAUUUGGAGAGGGACCCCAGCUUCCUCUCGGAGGACUUGACGGUGCAGUACGUGGGCAAAAAUGGACAGUCGGAUGCCGAUGGCCUUUCCGAAUCUGGCAGCUACUUCACGGGAGCUGUUAAUUCUGACCCGGAAUCUAUCGCCGCUGUUAACUACAAUAGUGCGUCUCUCCUGGGAGUGCUCCAGUUCAGGGGAACAGAAUAUCACAUCCAACCAAUGGAAGGUGGAGGACAAAACAGCGCCGAGGGUGUUGGAGCGCACAUAAUUCGGAAGAAGUUGCAGGAGAAAAGCAGUGGUCCUAUGUGCAAUGUAGGACCACAGGUUUCCAUGAGAGUGACGGGAGAAGGUGGUAGCCGUAACGAUUAUGGAGAGCACAAGCCAUCCUCAUCCAAAAGAUCUAAGCGUUUCGCAUCAGUCCCUCGUUACGUCCAGACCCUGGUGGUUGCAGAUGAGAAGAUGGCAACCUUCCACGGGGCAGGCCUCAAGCGCUACCUGUUGACCGUCAUGGCGGCCGCUGCCAAGUUCUUUCGCCACCCAAGUCUGAAGAACCCAGUCAAUGUGGUGGUGACGCGGCUGGUGGUCAUAGGCCAGGCGGACAAAUCCCACACCUAUGCUGGGCUGAAGAUGACCACCAACGCUGCCGAGAUGUUGAGGAACUUCUGUGAGUGGCAGAAAGGACUGAACAAGCCCAACGAUGACUCAGAACAUUUUGACACGGCUAUUUUCUUUACUAGGCAGAACCUCUGUGGAGUCUCCACGUGCGACACUCUAGGAAUGGCCGACGUUGGCACCGUUUGUGACCCAUCACGCAGCUGCUCCAUCGUUGAAGAUGAUGGCUUGCAGUCCGCGUUUACUGCCGCACACGAGCUUGGCCACGUGUUCAACAUGCUUCAUGACAACUCAAAGCCAUGUGUGGACCUCAACCGCCCAGCUAGCAAUACCCGACACAUGAUGGCACCGGUCAUGUCCUACGUAGACCCAGAGGAGUUGUGGUCACCUUGCAGUGCCAAAUUUAUCACCGACUUCUUGGACAAUGGGCACGGUCACUGUCUCCUGGAUAAGCCGCGCUCUCCCCUUCGCUUACCAGUUCCGUUCCCGGGUAACGACUAUGACUCUGAUCGCCAGUGCCAGCUGACGUUUGGUCCUGAUUCUCGGCACUGCCCCAACUUGCACACUCCCUGCUCAUCUCUGUGGUGUACGGGCAAGAUCGAUGGGCAUUUCAUGUGCCAAACUAAGCAUUUCCCAUGGGCGGACGGAACGCAGUGCGGCGUGGGCAAGACGUGCAUGAACGGGAGGUGUAUCAGUAGAGUGGAGAUGAAAGCCUACAACACACCAGUGAAUGGAGGGUGGGGCUCAUGGGGUCCGUACGGUGAAUGUUCUCGGACGUGUGGUGGCGGUGUGCAGUUCUCUCACCGUGAAUGCAACAAGCCUGUCCCGCGAAACGGUGGCAAGUACUGCGAGGGAAAGAGGACCCAAUAUCGCUCGUGCAACGCCCAGGAGUGCCCUUCUGGAAAUGCAUUGACCUACAGAGAGGAGCAGUGUGCGGUGUACAACCACAGGACCGACCUCUUUAAGGGCUUCCCGUCUCCCAUGGACUGGGCACCACGUUACAACGGGAUUGCCAAGAAGGAUCAAUGUAAACUCACCUGCCAGUCGCGCCCCCUGGGAUAUUACUACGUGUUGGAGCCACGGGUGGCAGAUGGCACGCCGUGCACUCCAGACUCUACCUCAGUGUGUGUCCAAGGACGCUGCAUACACGCCGGCUGCGACCGCGUCAUUGGAUCAAAGAAGAAGUUCGAUAAGUGCAUGGUGUGCGGAGGAAACGGCUCCGCCUGCACGAAGACUUACGGGUCCUUUGCCAAGCCUAGGUAUGGGUACAAUGAUGUGGUCACCAUCCCAGCAGGUGCUACAAACAUACUGAUACGGCAGAACAGCGGCUCAACGGCCACAAGCGACGGUGUCUACCUGGCCCUCAAACGGCAAGAUGGGUCCUACGCCCUCAAUGGGAACUACAUCUUGGUGCCAUCGGAAGUGGACGUAAAUAUAGGAGGGGGACUGACCGUGCGAUACAGUGGGGCAACCAAGGCCAUGGAGACCAUAGUAGGACAGGGACCCCUGAAAGAGUCCCUGACUGUUCAGGCUUUAGUAGUUAGCGACCAGAGGGCCCCUCGUCUCAAGUACACCUUUUUUGUCCCCAAGCCGACCACACGCUCUGCUCAAGCCAAGAAACCUGCAGAAGACUGGGUGAAGCAGAAAGCACAGAUCUUCGAAAUCUUGCGGAGGCUCAGAACCAACCACAAAUGAAGAGCGGUUAGACUGGGACAUUAGUGACAGAAGAGCACCUCCUAGCCUUAUUAUAUUAGGCUGGAAAUUAAGGUGUUUUGAGGACAAUACAUCUUCAAGCUAUGUACACAUAAGGACUGGAUGCAAGCACCUUAGUAGAUGGUUCUCAUAAGUGUCCAGAUCUGAUUUUAUGGCUGUCCUCUCGUAGUCCAUCAUCAAUAUUGGGCCAUUGAAUGGUCCAUAUUUCUACUUUUGACUCUUGGCUCUUGGAGCAGGUAAUGUUCACCACACAGAUACUGGUAAAUAACGGAUGACCAGCGGGAAUACAGAUGCCUUGCUGGGAAAACUUCGAGACAAACUGGCGGACUUUUGUGUAGUUUGACCGAAGCAUUUCAGUAGAUCAAAUGGACCCUGCUCCUGGAUCAAACCAGACUCUCCUGAGUCAUAAAAAAAGCCGUGCAGUUGGCUGGUCCACCACUGGUGACUUCUCUCCAGACUUCAUCUUCUUGGCCUUCACUAUUAUUGGGCCAUUCUUUUCUAGACCCUGCAGACUUUCUUUGACAAAGGCGUCAAGGGUAGCACAAAAGAAUGUCUUUCUCCAGUAGGAACUUUGGGAGUCAUACAUGCUCAAUGCAAUGUGAUGCCUCAAACUUUAUGGUAGCUUGUUAAGAGGAUUUGGUUCCUCACCAUGGACUGAAAGUAGGGUCUGGAUACCCGAAUUAUUUAAUAUGAACAUGAAAUUAAUAGAUAGUAUUAAUAUGUUGAUAACUGAUCCCUGAGUAGCAGCCUGAGAGUGUAGAAAGCUAUCCCAACAGCACAACCCAUUUGAAAGAUAACGCCGAUAGGUCAUGGAAGGUGGUUGGAUUUCUUCAAUAGCUCCCUUGAUGCCCAGUAGCCUAUGGCUGCCUCGAGGGUGCAAUUAAUGGAUCUGAUAGACCCUUUGCUACUGUAAGUUCCACCUCCCACAAAGUCUCAGCAAUCCCCAACCUAGUGCAUUGGGCUGCUUAUGUGUAAUGUUAGCUUCUUAGAUCAUUGGGGUCCAUUAGUUUGUAGAUGUUCAUUAUGACUCUUAACAUCAUAUGAUCUAGAGGUGCUAGAUAGGGUUUUCCUUAUCUCAACCCAACCUUGUUGCUGCAAAAAAAAAAAAAAAGACUUUUCUUUAGAAAAUGCCAGGAGCAUUCACAGAACAGAAUGAUAAGAACGAGGGACAAUGACACACAACGAAACCUGCUGCUAGGGACACAUCAAGCCUCAUUGGUGCUAUCAAUACAUGGGAGAACAUAAAAUCAAGCGUCGAUCACUGAUCUCUAGUAUGGAUCUAUAGUGUUGGUUCUAUAUUUAUUCCGUUACCCCAUUCUCAAGAUCAGGGCGUACAGGCUGACUAAUAUGAGGGCACUUUUUUAUACUACGUUUUACAGUACAAAAGGGGAGUGUAGAUCUUAUAUGGGAGUCCACAGGCCCGCACUUUGAGCGCUAAUCUUGCUGUAAGGUUCAGUCCCGCACAGUCCGCAAAAAUAUUUAAUCUAUUUAUUCAUUUGUCAGCUUGUCUGUCUUGUCUCUUGAUGAAGUAUCAGCCCCGAUUAACUGCAAAACACCUAGAUCUGUGCUAGUCAGGACACACCCAUCCCGCGGUACUGCGCAUGUCUUAGUUCACAGACCCAGAAUACAUUGCAGACCAUGUGCAGAUGCAGACCGUGUCCCCACGACAUAGGGGUACAAGACACUUUCGAAGUGUUCUUACAAUUACAGAUUGCGAUUCUUAUACUGUAACAUUGGCAUGUACAGACUCAUCUGCCUCUGAAUCUGAACAUUUAAGCAAUUUUUAUCUAUUUAACCCAUAGAGAAGGUUCCACCCCACUCACAGACUGCUGCUUACAAUAACGGAGACCGCGCUUCUUUUCAUUGGGUAAUCUCCGCAGGCGCAGAACGUACGCAGCACAGACUGGAGUGAGCCGGUGGGAGGGCACCAUGCCAUGACCCUGGGCCGCAGCGCCUUAUCAUCGGAAUACACCAUGCGUCUUCCCAUGUGGCCAGGGCACAAAUACUACUAAUGCACCCUCCCUAUGCCAAUACUACUAAUGUACCAGGCCUGUGCCAACAGCCCCCCCUUCUACCCACACAAUGCUCCGGUCACGCGGCAGCCGUGUGGGCUCCUCAUGUAGCUGGGACUCUCAGGACUGGGCAGGAUUAGCGCCAUGAAGGGACACAGAACAAAUCCUCAACUCAUGUUCAUUAAUGGUGGUUUUUUUUAUAUAAUUGUACUUUUUUGUAUUGUAAAAAAAAUGCACAAGAUUAUUUA